AUCAUCAUCAUCAUGGCGCCCCCGUCACAGCAUCUGCUGUACAGAGAGGAGAGACGACCUCUUGUCUCUGUUGCACGUUCAUCAGACGUCUAACGCCCCACCACCACGGAGCCUCCGCCGGGCAAAACUGGCAACCCAGACAACAGCGAGGCCCCGCUGAGCGACGGGCUCCUGUCAGACCGACCCGGCCUGAUGUCGUGCGGUGGAAUCCUCGCCAUGGAUUUUCUCCGCGCCUUUUGCGUCCUGUGCGCCGCGUUCCCGGUGCCCGGCGGCGCCUUUACGCACGACGACAUGAAGGACGCGCUGCUGCAAAGGCUCGGCCUGGACGAAGUUCCCAAAAUCCAAAAGAGGGACCUGGACAACCUGCUCGUCCCGGCGCACAUCAAGAACAAGUACCUCUCCAUGCUGAAGACGCACCACAGCCGGAGGAGACGCAGGUCUCUGCCCAGCCUGGUGGGCAUCCUGAGGGGGGUCCCCGGCAAUGCAGACAUCUCCGGGGACUACUUGUACUCCGACACCACCCGGCAUCGCCUGGCCUUCGACAUGGAGGCGAGGAUCCCGGAUAACAGCGAGGUGACCAUGGCGGAGCUGAGGCUCUAUCAGCGGGCCUCGCACCACAAGCGGCUCGCCGCGGAGAGGAAGAGCCAGCGGCCCGUCAACAACGCCCGGGUCAGCAUCUACUGGGUGGAGGUGCUGCCCGGCGGCUCCAACCGGACCUCCCUUGUGGAUUCGCGGUUGAUUCCAAUUCACGAGACCGGCUGGAAGAGCUUUGACGUCACCCAGGCGGUGCUCUAUUGGUCCAAGACGCAGCAGCGGAACACCCCCAUGCACCUCGAGGUGUGGCUCGAGGGCGAGAGACCCGGCAGCUACGCCGCGGAGGUGGCGAGGAGCGUCCGCUUCACCACCCAGGAGCAGACCGGCAGCCCGGGGAGGCCCGAGCUCAUCCUCUACACGCUCAGCCUGGAGGAGUACGGCUCCGCGGGCGACUGCGACACGAGCCAGAAUAAGGGCACCUGCUGCAGGGAACAGCACUUCAUCAACUUCCGUGCGCUCACCUGGACACAGUACUGGAUCAUCGAGCCGGCGGGUUACCAGGCCUUCAGGUGCACCGGAGGAUGCAAACAGCCCAAACGCAACUACGGCUACGGAGAGCGGCGGUGCGCGGUGUCAGACAGCGCCCCGCUGCCCAUCAUGUACCUGGUGAAAAAGGGGGACUACACUGAAAUCGAGGUGGCCGAGUUCCCCAACAUGAUUGUGGAAAGGUGUGCGUGCAUGCUGGACAACGUCUCUGUCGUAUGAAGGCAGUAGUAGUUACGGACUUUUGGGGAAAAUCACUGGGAAAUUAUAGUGGGUGAUUUUUUUUUUUUUUUUUUUUUUUGCUAGGUGUUGUUUUAUUUAAUGUUUUUCACCAACUUGUCAAGUACUUUCUAUUUAAAUGGACGUUCGGAGGGAGCGCUUUAUUCCCCAACAGACAGAGGUGUCCAAGAAUUACGCUCCAAGAAGAGUAGCACUACUUCAGCAUGUUUCUAUUCAGGUCAAAGUAAAACGUAGCCUCGUCCAACAAAUGACUCCAGUGUAAAAGAGCAUUUGGUGAAACUGCUACUGUUUAAAACAUAAUCGAGUAUUUGAGCAUUGCAUCAUCAGAAGGACCAGAAUGUGAAGCUUUGUGGAAAUUUGGGCAUUUUAAGGACCCAAACGAAGAUUAUUCGUAGAAGUAACAUCAUCACAAAAUAUCCAAAUCAGAUAAAGAUAAAUAAAUAAACUACGUACUUGUAAGUCAUGACUCACCUCUGCCAGCAAACUCCAUCUCCUUCCACAAGCACUUCUAUAGAUUUUGUAAGAAUUGUUUCUUUGAAACAUGAAUUUGUCUGAUUUGUGUUCACUCUCGUGCAAUCAUUCAGAUCCAGUGUGAUGCAUCCCUUUUGUUAAA